AUGACCCCCACGGCGACCCAUGUGAUCAGCGAGGUUCCCCUUCAGGAACUGGAUCCCGGCUCAUCGGUGAAGAUGGGACGACAGUAUGACAAGGCUACCGCCCCGCGAGCCUCGCGCCACGACAGCUCCAGGCAACCGUCAUCGAAGGCGGCCGACACCCCAAAAGAGAGACGAGCGGGCGCUGGGCCCUCCCCGGCAGCUUCCUGCCCGGCUCACACGGAGGAGGCCCGGGAGGCCGGCCGCUCCUCCCGCUCCAUCCCGCGGCCGCAGAGAGCUUGGAUAGAAAAAACCUUCUGCAAACGAGAAUGUAUCCUUGUCAUUCCCAGCACGAAAGACCCGAACAGGUGUUGCUGUGGCCAGCUCACCAACCAGCACGUCCCCCCUCUGCCAAGUGUGACGUCUGCCAAAAAUGGGGAAGAACACAGAGAGGCGGAGCCCCAGCCCGAGAAGUGGUCGGUGGCCAAGCACACGCAGAGCUACCCGACGGACGCCUACGGGGCUCUCGAGUUCCAGGGAGGCGGGUCCUCCAACAAAGCCGUGUAUAUCCGCGUGUCCUAUGACACCAAGCCAGACUCGCUGCUUCACCUCAUGGUAAAGGACUGGCAGCUGGAACUCCCCAAGCUCCUAAUAUCCGUGCACGGAGGCCUCCAGAACUUCGAGAUGCAGCCGAAGCUGAAGCAGGUCUUUGGAAAAGGGCUGGUCAAGGCCGCCAUGACCACGGGCGCCUGGAUUUUCACGGGGGGCGUCAGCACUGGGGUCGUCAGCCACGUGGGGGACGCCUUGAAGGACCACCCCUCCAAGUCCAGAGGCCGGCUGUGUGCCGUGGGGAUCGCCCCGUGGGGCAUCGUGGAGAACAAGAAUGAGCUGGUCGGGAAGGACGUCACCCGCGUGUACCAGACCAUGUCCAACCCCCUGAGCAAGCUGGCCGUGCUCAAUGACGCACACACGCACUUCAUCCUGGCGGACAACGGCACCGUGGGCAAGUACGGCGCGGAGGCGAAGCUUCGGAGGCAGCUGGAGAAGCACAUCUCCCUGCAGAAGAUCAACACGCGGCUGGGGCAGGGUGUGCCCGUCGUGGGCCUCGUGGUGGAAGGCGGCCCGAACAUCUUCUCCACCGUCUUGGAGUACCUCCGGGAGGACCCUCCGGUGCCCGUGGUGGUGUGUGAUGGCAGUGGCCGUGCCUCCGAUGUCCUGUCUUUCGCUCACAAGUACAGCGAGGAAGGAGGGGUGAUAAACGACUCUCUCCGGGACCAGCUUCUCGUCAUCAUCCAGAAGACAUUUAAUUACGGCAAGACGCAGUCACAGCAGCUGUUUGCGAUUUUGUCGGACUGCAUGAGGAAGAAAGAACUCGUGACCGUGUUCAGAAUGGGUUCCGAGGGUCAGCAGGACAUGGAGAUGGCGAUUCUGACGGCCCUGCUGAAAGGCACAAACGCAUCCGCGCCCGACCAGCUGAGCUUGGCGCUGGCUUGGAAUCGCGUGGACAUCGCGCGAAGCCAGAUCUUCGUCUUCGGGCCUCACUGGCCGCCCCUGGGAAGCCUGGCGCCCCCGCCGGAUAGCAAGGUCACGGAGAAGGAGAAGAAGCCACCCACGGCCACCACCAAGGCGGGCAGAGGGAAAGCGAAGGGCAAGAAGAAAGGGAAAGCGAAGGAGGAGGAGGAGGAAGAGACCGACCCCCGGAAGCUCGAGCUGCUGAACUGGGUGAACGCGCUGGAGCAGGCCAUGCUGGACGCCUUGGUCCUGGAUCGCGUGGACUUCGUGAAGCUCCUGAUCGAAAACGGGGUGAACAUGCAGCACUUUCUUACCAUCCCGCGGCUGGAGGAGCUUUACAACACGCGAUUGGGCCCCCCGAACACCCUGCAUCUGCUGGUCAGGGACGUAAAGAAGCCUAAAGCUCUUAAACUUCUGGGAAUGGAAGACGACGAGCCUCCCGCCAAGGGGAAGAAGAAGAAGAAGAAGAAGAAGGAGGAGGAGGCGGCCGUGGACGUGGACGACCCCGCGGCCAGCCGCUUCCAGCACCCGUUCCACGAGCUCAUGGUGUGGGCCGUGCUGAUGAAGCGCCAGCGGAUGGCGCUCUUCCUGUGGCAGCGUGGCGAAGAGAACAUGGCCAAGGCCCUGGUGGCCUGCAAGCUCUACAAGUCCAUGGCGCACGAGUCCUCCGAGAGCGAGCUGGUGGACGACAUCUCCCAGGACCUGGACAACAACUCCAAGGACUUCGGCCAGCUCGCCGUGGAGCUGCUGGACCAGUCGUACAAGCGCGACGAGCAGAUCGCCAUGAAGCUGCUCACCUACGAGCUGAGGAACUGGAGCAGCUCCACCUGCCUCAAGCUGGCCGUGGCCGCCAAACACCGCGACUUCAUCGCGCACACCUGCAGCCAGAUGCUGCUGACGGACAUGUGGAUGGGGCGGCUGCGGGUGAGGAAGAACCCCGGCCUCAAGGUGAUAAUGGGGAUCCUCCUGCCCCCCACCAUCUUGCUUUUGGAAUUCCGCACGCACGAUGACUUGUCGUACCAAACGUCCAAAGAAAACGAAGACGGCAAGGAGAAGGAGGAGGAGGCCGCGGACGGAAAUGCAGACGCCGGCUCGGGGAAGGGGGAUGAAGAGAACGAGCUAAAAAAACGAAGGCGCAUCCCCAUCGGAACGAAGAUCUGUGAAUUCUAUAACGCUCCCAUCGUCAAGUUCUGGUUUUACACAAUCUCGUACCUGGGCUACCUGCUGCUGUUCAAUUACGUCAUCCUGGUGCGCAUGGAACACUGGCCCUGCCUUCAGGAGUGGGUGGUCAUCUCCUACAUCGUGACGCUGGCGCUGGAGAAAGUCCGAGAGAUCCUCAUGUCGGAACCAGGCAAGCUCAGCCAGAAAAUAAAGGUGUGGCUUCAGGAGUACUGGAACAUCACCGACCUGGUGGCCAUCAGCGUGUUCCUGGUGGGGGCCGCCCUCCGCCUGCAGCGGCAGCCGUACAUGGGCUACGGCCGCGUCAUCUACUGCGUGGACAUCAUCUUCUGGUACAUCCGCGUCCUGGACAUCUUCGGUGUCAACAAGUACCUGGGGCCCUACGUGAUGAUGAUCGGAAAGAUGAUGAUCGACAUGCUCUACUUUGUGGUCAUCAUGCUGGUGGUGCUGAUGAGUUUCGGGGUGGCCCGUCAAGCCAUUCUGCACCCCGACGAGGAGCCUUCCUGGAAGCUGGCCCGCAAUAUCUUCUACAUGCCCUACUGGAUGAUCUACGGGGAGGUGUUUGCGGACCAGAUAGACCUCUACGCCAUGGAAAUUAAUCCUCCUUGCGGGGAAAACCAGUACGACGAGGAGGGCAAGCGGCUGCCCCCGUGCAUCCCAGGCGCCUGGCUGACGCCGGCCAUCAUGGCGUGCUACCUGCUGGUGGCCAACAUCCUGCUGGUGAACCUGCUCAUCGCGGUGUUCAACAACACCUUCUUCGAGGUGAAGUCGAUAUCCAACCAAGUGUGGAAAUUCCAGCGAUAUCAGCUGAUUAUGACGUUCCACGACCGGCCCGUCCUCCCGCCGCCAAUGAUCAUCUUCAGCCACAUCUACAUCAUCGCCGUGCGUCUCGGUGGCCGCUGCAGGAAGAAGAGGGGCGGGGACCCAGACGAACAGGAUCGCGGGCUGAAGCUGUUCCUCGGGGAGGAGGAGCUGAAGAGGCUGCACGAGUUCGAGGAGCAGUGUCUGCAGGAGCAUUUCAGAGAGAGAGAGAGAGAGAGAGAGAGUAGCAGAGAGAAGAGUCGAGGGAAUAAUGGCAAAAAUGUUCCCAAAUCUGAUGAAAGAUAUGAAUCUGUACAUCCCAGAAGCUUAACGAAUUCCAAGGUCGAGAAUAUGGCCAUGAGGUUGGAAGAGAUCAACGAACGGGAAAGUUUUAUGAAGACGUCCCUGCAGACGGUGGACCUGCGACUGGCCCAGCUGGAGGAGCUGGCGGGCAGGAUGGCCAGCGCGCUGGAGAGCCUGGCGGGCCUGGACGGCGGCGACGCGGACGCGGGGCCUGCCCAGAGCACGCGGGCGGCCGGCGCGAGUCCCCAGCCCCCGGGGGAGACCUGGACGGCACGCCCUCACCCCGGGGACACCGUGGGCACCUGCCACACCGUGCAGUCCAGCUGCUUCGUGUGCUCCCACGGGAGGAGGCUGGUCGGCGGGUCGCCCAGCCGGGCCGUGGACCCGGCUCUUCCGUCCGCAGUGGAGCAGUGGACGACGACCGAGUGGCAGUUCCAGGUGCAGAGGAUCACGCGCUCCCGCAGCAGCGACAUCCCGUGCCUGGUGUCGGAGGCCGCCGCGCAGGCCGAGGACCCGCAGCGAACCCCAGGCGCCGAAGACGACCCCGGGGUCUCCAAACCGGCCCCUCGAAUCUCUCGUUCAUCUCUAGCCGUCACUGACGGAGCCGAAAAGGAGACUUUACUGACGCUGACGCCACCCCAAAGCCUGGGAUUCCCGUUCUUAAGGUCCAAGAGUCUACACGGCCACCCCAGGGGCCCGAAGGCCACCGAGGGCCAGUUAGACAGACGCGGACAUGCCAGCAGCGUGAGUAGCCUGGCCGUGGUGUCUGGGACCGAAUCGGAAAGGGGAGGCAAGACAGAAGUCCCGCAGAGACGGCCUGCUGACGGGCCCGCUGCGGCGCGGUCCCACCGAGACCUCGAGGACUCGCCAUCUCCGCCAGCCCUCACCGGAGAACAUCUGGCGCUCUGGACCUCCGAUCAGCUUAAAACGUAA